AUGGCACCUCGUACGAGACCCCAAGUCACCCAAACCACCCUCACCCAAACCCCAAAACCCUUAUUCUUAGCCUCUACAAUACGCAACACACAAACUCCUCCAAUAAAAACAGCACUAACCAAAUCCCAGACCACAACCCUCCAACCCCCAACGCAGCGCACCUUCACAACAACAUCACCAACACCCUUCAAACCAACCCUCUCAACGCAAGAAUCCCCCUUCCGAAUGUCAACAACAAAACCAACAAACACCGCACCCCCCUCCUUCGACGACAUCUACUACAGCCCUUACCAACCAAAGCGCCAAUGGCCACCAGACAUGUCCAAGCUCUCCCCGAAACACCAAUUCCGCCUCGAGCGCAAGUACCGUCGGCGUGCGGCGCUCAAGUAUGCCCGUCCUAAGUUUAUGAAGGCUGUUACUCUGGGACAGUGGGUUGUUAUUGGAUUCGUUCUCAUCUAUGCUGUUCUAUUUAUGGAAUGGCAAACUGAGAAUACGCCUUUCCAUGGGAUUCGAGAGGCUUUCUUCGACGGGCUUAAGGCUAUUUUCUCUGCGCCGCCGGCUCCGGAGCCUAAGAGGGAACGGAAUGAGUGA